AUGGCCGAAGAGAGCCCCGAGCUUCAGGCCGCACUGCGCGACCUGGAUCGGGAAUUGGAGGAGGGCGAUAUCACCGAGAAAGGAUACCAAAAGCGACGUUCGAUGCUUCUGGCGCAAUUCCUCGGCCCAAACAAACCCCUCGAGAUCGUCAAUCACUCGAAUUCCGACUAUGAAGCCACCUCACAUCCUUCAAACAUGGCUCCGCCUGCUAUUCUGAGUGUUGGUCCGGCAACGGGCCAGUCCCGUCAGCCAAGUCUCGCAUCUCCGACGUAUGCCGGCAGUUUCGAUGGCAGACAGAGUGGCGGAGGACUCGGAUACGACCACCGUGGUAGUAUGGACAUGCGGAACCCGUCGCCAACACCGGCUGCGCCCUACGAUAGAAGUAGCGGCGGGGUUGGUCGGAUGCCGUCGUCCUCAUCGUACGAUUCACUUUUCUUGCCCAAGCCAGCACCUCCGGGAUCACAAGGCCAGGAUGGUUCGCGGACGGCAACACUGCUGAGCCAGAACUAUGCGUUCAACCCGAAUGCCCAUCCCGAGUACGUGGACGAUACCGUGGCAUACGAUCCUGCGGCGGGCGGAGCCACGCGACAGUCAACGAUGCUGGACUCACAACAGGGAUUCUUCUCUGAUUUUGCCGGUCAGCAGCAUGAGGACUACCGGGAGAGCUAUGGCGGUGGGUUCCACCGGUAUUCUCAGUCGGGAGAAGCUUUUUCGCCCACAGCGAAUAUGGCACCGCCUUUGAUGCCCGCCUCGGACCUUCAAUAUGCGCCGACCCUCCAACACUUGCAUCCUCUGGAGCCUCGAGAUAUCCCCUUUUCGGUCAAUGACCCGCAUGAUAAGAGCACUCCGAUGUCCAAGUUUGAUAAUCUUCCGACAGUGCUGCGGCAUCGCGCUCGAGCGCAUGGGAAGCAGCCAGCGUAUUGGGUAUUGGACCAGAAAGGAAAAGAGAUUGCGUCCAUUACAUGGGAAAAGUUGGCAAGCCGUGCCGAGAAAGUUGCUCAAGUGAUUCGCGAUAAGAGCAACCUGUAUCGCGGAGAUCGUGUGGCCCUGAUCUACCGCGAUGCCGAGGUUAUCGAGUUUGCAGUCGCUCUUUUAGGCUGUUUCAUUGCUGGUGUUGUUGCGGUUCCAAUCAACAAGUUGGAUGAUUAUCAGAGCUUGAACCUGGUGCUCACAUCCACUCAAGCCCAUUUGGCCUUGACGACUGAAAACAACCUGAAAAACUUCCAACGCGACAUCACUGCACAGAAGCUGAAUUGGCCCCGCGGAGUGGAAUGGUGGAAGACGAACGAAUUCGGCAGUUUCCACCCGAAGAAGAAGGAUGACACGCCCCCAUUGGUCGUUCCAGACCUUGCGUAUAUCGAGUUUGCACGAGCCCCGACAGGUGACACGCGUGGUGUGGUGAUGAGCCAUCGGACCAUCAUGCACCAGAUGUCCUGCCUGAGUGCUAUCGUGACCGCUGCACCCACUGAUUCGAGUGCCAGACAAUACGCCAAGGGAGAGACUAUCGUUACUUACCUGGACCCGCGACAGGGCAUUGGCAUGAUCCUGGCCGUGCUUUUCAACGUCUAUGGUGGCCAUACAACCGUUUGGCUUGAAGAUCGAGUAGUGGAGACGGCUGGUCUCUAUGCUCACGUUGUCACCAAGUACAAGGCAACAAUCAUGGCUGCCGACUACUCUGGCUUGAAGAUUGCGGCGUACAACUACCAGCAGGACCCCAUGGCCACUCGACAUUACAAGAAGAAUUCGGAGCCUAAUUUCAGUAGUGUCAAAAUGUGUCUGAUUGAUACGCUCACUUUGGACUCUGAGUUCCACGAGAUCUUGGCAGACCGAUGGCUGCGGCCCAUGCGGAACCCGCGCGCUCGAGAGAUUGUGACGCCAAUGCUGUGCUUGCCCGAACAUGGCGGUAUGGUGAUUAGCAUGCGCGAUUGGCUUGGCGGCGAAGAGCGCAUGGGAUGCCUCUUGACCCAUGAGAUGGACCCGGCGGUUCACUCUGACUCCAAGAAAGAAGACACGAAACUCGAAAAGUCCGAGACCAAUACUGGCUUCGGCAGCAGUCUUCUCGGCGGUGGGUCUCGCGGGUCCCGAAUCUCACAACCCAAGGAGACUUCGAAGAACGAACUGGGAGAGGUUCUCUUGGAUAAGGAGGCUCUGAAAAGCAAUGAGAUCGUCGUCCUCGCUAUGGGCGAAAAUGCUCGCAAAUUUGCUGCUAGUAUGCCUCAUGCUGUGCGCGUCGGUUCUUUCGGUUAUCCCAUCCCUGACGCUACUCUGGCCAUUGUCGAUCCUGAAACCAAUCUUCUGUGCACGCCCAAUGUCAUUGGAGAGAUCUGGGUCGAUUCGCCUUCCCUGUCUGGCGGUUUUUGGGCAUUGCCAAAGCAUACCGAAGCCAUUUUCCACGCCCGUCCUUACAAGUUCGAGGAGAACAAUCCCACUCCGGUGCUUGUGGAGCCUGAAUUUCUGCGCACCGGUCUGCUGGGAUGCGUUAUCGAGGGCAAAGUCUUCGUGCUGGGUCUCUACGAAGACCGACUCCGUCAGAAGGUCGAGUGGGUUGAACAUGGGCAGGAGAUCGCAGAGCACCGCUAUUUCUUCGUUCAGCAUCUAGUUGUCAGUCUGUUGAAGAAAGUACCGAAGAUUCACGACUGUACAGCUUUUGAUGUGUUUGUGAAUGACGAGCAUCUUCCAGUCAUCGUGUUAGAGUCUUAUGCUGCUUCAACGGCACCUACAACCUCUGGGGGACCUCCCCGCCAGCUUGACUCCGUUCUCUUAGAGUCCCUGGCAGAGAGGUGUAUGGAGGUUGUGUAUCAGGAACAUCAUCUUCGCGUUUAUUGCGUGCUCCUUACGGCCCCGAACUCGCUGCCGCGCGUCACCAAGAACGGUCGACAGGAGAUCGGCAACAUGCUUUGUCGCAAGGAAUUCGAUGCUGGUACGCUGCAGGCUGUGCAUGUCAAAUUCGGAGUCGAGCGAGCGGUGAUGAACCUACCUGUUGGUGUCGACCCGGUCGGCGGUAUUUGGUCCCCCCUUGCUGUCGAGUCGAGGCAAGAGCUGCUCGCCUAUCAAGAGAAACAGUACUCGGGCGUCGACUACCGCGAUGUUAUCAUGGACGACCGCACCUCCACACCUCUGAACAACUUCAAGACAAUUGUCGACCUUCUCCAGUGGCGGGUCUCGCGCCAAGCUGAAGAACUGGCUUACUGCUCUAUCGACGGCCGUGGUAAGGAGGGCAAGGGUCUCACCUGGAAGAAGUUUGACUUGAAGGUCUCUGCAGUGGCAACAUACCUGAAGAACAAAGUCAAGGUCCGCCCCGGAGAUCAUCUGGUGUUGAUGUAUACCCAUUCCGAGGAGUAUAUCUAUGCCAUUCAUGCUUGUUUCUGUUUGGGUGUUGUUGCCAUUCCAAUGGCGCCCAUUGACCAAAACCGCCUCUCAGAAGACGCGCCUGCGUUCCUGCACGUCAUCAGCGAUUUCAACGUCAAGGCAAUCAUUGUCAAUGCCGAGGUCGAUCAUGUCAUGAGGCUGAAGCUCGUCUCCCAGCAUGUCAAGCAGUCCGCACAGGUUCUCCGCAUCGGUGUGCCUGCUAUAUACAACACGAACAAGCCCUCCAAGCAGUCUCAUGGAUGCCGCGAGCUCGGAUAUACCAUGAAAGACGCCUGGCUGCAAGGUGGCCAGCCUGCCCUGGUCUGGACGUACUGGACACCCGAUCAGCGAAGGAUUUCUGUGGCUAUUGGCCAUGAUACCAUUAUGGGUAUGUGCAAGGUGCAGAAGGAAACGUGCCAAAUGACAAGCUCGAGGCCGGUGCUCGGUAGUGUGCGUAGUACACUGGGUCUCGGAUUCCUGCACACCUGUUUGAUGGGUAUCUACGUUGGCGCGCCUACCUACCUCGUGUCUCCGGUCGACUUUGCUCAGAACCCGAUGACUCUCUUCGUGACUCUCUCACGGUACAAGAUCAAGGACACCUACGCCACUAGCCAGAUGUUGGAUUAUGCCAUGAAUGUUAUGGGUGCAAAGGGCUUUCAGCUUCAAGAGCUGAAGAACCUGAUGAUAUCCGCGGAAGGACGGCCGAGAGUCGAUAUAUACCAAAAAGUGCGCCUGCACUUUGCUUCCGCUGCCCUGGACCGCACCUCGAUUAAUAUCGUGUACUCACACGUCCUCAAUCCCAUGAUCGUCACCAGGUCAUAUAUGUGCAUAGAGCCGAUUGAGCUGUGGCUGGAUCUCCGAAGUCUCCGUCGAGGUCUAAUUUACCCUGUGGACCCAGACGCAGACCCCACCGCCCUACUACUCCAAGACUCAGGAAUGGUGCCGGUCAACACGCAGAUUGCCAUCGUCAAUCCAGAAACCUGCACGCUGGCCCAUGUAGGAGAGUACGGCGAGAUAUGGGUGCAGUCAGACGCUUGUGCUAAGGGCUUCUACAAAUCCAAGCAGGAAUUUGACAAUGAACGCAUGGAUGGUCGGGUCGCUGAUGGUGACCCGAACGUGCCCUACAUUCGCACCGGUGAUCUAGGGUUCCUUCACACUGUCACUCGGCCAAUCGGCGCCGGUGGGCAACCUGUCGAAAUGCAAGUUCUCUUUGUCCUGGGAGGUAUUGGCGAGACUUUCGAGGUCAACGGGCUUAGCCAUUUCCCGAUGGAUAUUGAAAGCUCAAUUGAAAGGUGCCACCGGAACAUUCUGCCUGGUGGAUGUGCGAUUUUCCAAGCAGGCGGUAUGAUCGUGGUCGUGGUCGAAGUCACCCGAAAAGCGUAUCUGGCAUCUCUUGUCCCAGUCAUUGUCGAUGCCAUUCUCAACGAGCACCAAGUUGUCGUGGACAUUGUCGCGUUCGUCUCUCAUGGUGACUUCCCCCGCUCACGCCUCGGCGAAAAACAGCGUGGCAAGGUUCUAGCAUCAUGGGUAACCCGCAAGCUGCGGACAAUCGCUCAAUUCAGUAUCCGUGACUCAGACGGUGCGGAUGGUCCAUUUGCGGACCUGCCCCAGCAUCGCGUCAGUCGAGGUUCCAAGCCCGGGAGCACCAUGGGUAGCAGUCUGCGCAAGUCGACACUGGCCAACCUCGAGAGUGAAGUUCCGCGAUCUCCGGCUCCAGUGCAUGAAGACUCAAUGCAGCAGGCUCAAAUCAACUCCUACCAGGAUAUGUCUUCCUCUGGCCUGCCACAGGAGCUUGAUGCUGAUAGCUCUUUCGCUGGGACGCCUGUCCGUGAGCCGAGUCCCGGUCUCCCUCACAUUGCAGAGCCCCAGUCAGCCACGCUCGUGACAGAGGACGCCGAUGACCACAAUGUGGGAUAUGCGAAUCCUGUCUCUGGGACCGGAACUGCCAAUAACCGUGAUUUCCGAUUCAGUUUUGACAUGGUCAACACGCCCAUUGAGCCCCAGCAGUACGAAUCAACCGUCCCUGCGGCCGAGUCCCCCUCGACAGGACGAGACGCCCUGCCCAGCCAGACGCGAUUCAGCAGCGUCCCCGCAGGCGCAGAGCCAGGACAGGAAGAAAAAAUUCGUCCCGGCACCCAGGAGAGCGGAACAAUGGACGACUGGCCACAAGAAGCCUUAAUGUACCAGUCCACUCUGGGCGGGGACGACGGAUCAGACUUCGUUCAGCGCUCACCAAACAACAUGAGUGCCGCAGUGCGGAAGCGCUACGACGGAAGUGAAUAUGGUCCCUGA